AUGUCAUAUCCUUAUAGGAAUAAUAAAUAUUAUGAUAACUAUGAUUCCAACUAUAGACCGAAGAAGAAGAAGUAUUUUGAUCGAUAUAAUCCAAGAUAUAAUCAAUCUAAUGGAAAUUCGGGAUUAAAUGGCAAUCAUUAUAAUCAUGGGAAUUCAAGUAAUUCUACCUAUAACAAUUAUAAUUCUAAUGAUACAUAUUAUGGAAGAGGAAAUUAUGACAGUUACCAGAGUGACAGAAGACACAGCCAUGAUGGAUAUGGGAACGAACGAAGGAUAAAGCCGGCGUUUGAUCUUAAUAUCAAAGCAAGACUGUCUAGUCCUCUGAAGUUAGGUAAGAGUGAGAAGAAGGAAGAAAAGGAAGAUAGGGAUGACAAGGAAGAGAAGAGUGAGGAAAAGGUAGAAGAGGAAGAGAAGGAGAAGGAAGAGAAACGAGAGAUAAGACGAGUGCCGAAGAUUGAUGACGAAGAAGAAGACGAAGAAAGUGAAGUCAAGGAAGAACACAGAGAAGAUAAACAGGAACAUAACCAGGAACAUAAACAGGAACAUAAAGAAGAACACAAAGAGGAACCACAUAUUGAAAAUGAUGACCACAAGGAUGAGAAUGAUCACAAGGAUGAAAACGACCACAAGGUUGCAAAUAAAGAUGAAAAUGAUGGAGAAACUAUCCACAAGGACGAAAAACCUCAGGUCAAAGACGAAAUCAAACAAGAGCCACAAGAAGAAACCACAGAACGACCAGAAGAACCAGAGUCAUCAGAAACUAAACAACCACUGGAGCAAGAUUUAGAGCCAGAGUCAGAACCAGAAGACGACAAUUCAGAACAAGACGAGCCAGAACCAGAACCAAAGAACGUUAAAUUCACUAUCCCAGAAUCACCCGUUUAUGACGAAUUAAGUGAAGAUUCAGAAGCCGAAACCGUCAUCUCAGAGUCAGCUCCUUCAACUUCGAACUCAACCAAAUUGAUGAAAGACUUACACCCAGAAAAAUCAAAACGUCCUUAUGUAUUGAAAAGAGAUGCCAGUGGUUCAUCCUUAUUGCAAAGGGCUUGUAAGAAAGGGAAUUUCGAAGAAGUCAAGGAUUUAAUUGAAAGAGGAGCAAACCCCAAUGAAUCAGAUUUUUGUGGGUUCACUUGUUUACAUGAAGCUGCUUUGAAUGGAAAUGUAAGGAUCGUUAAAUAUUUGAUUGAAAAGGGUGCUGAUGUUAAUAAACAAGCUUUACCUGAUGGAGAUUUAGAAACUCCUUUGAUCGAUGCUGCUGAUAAUAAACAUUUGGAAAUCGUUAAGAUCUUAUUGGAUAAUGGUGCUGACCCUAGAAUCUUCAAUAAUGAUGGUUUUACUGCUUUGACCAAAAUUCACAAUCUCCAUGAAGACGAAGAAGGGUAUGAUGAAAUCAUCAAAUUAUUAGAAGAAGCCAAUAAUAAAUUCUUAGAGAAGAUCGAUAGUCAUUCUCACCAAGAGUCCACAAGCCAGUCCUUACAUCAUCAAAAAUCACCCUCACCCAAUACUAUAAUAGAGGACCCUAACGAUAAUUAUUUUCUUGAUAUUUUGAAAAAGAAGUCACACAGUUCUUUGAUUUUCAAAUACGCUGCUGAAGGUAUCAAGGAUUUAACUGCUCAAUAUAUCGUUGAAGGUGGUAGAUUAGAUUACAAACCUGAUAUCUUGAUUUUGGCUGCUAGAAAUGGACAUGUUGAAUUGGUGGAUAUCAUCUUAGGUUUAGUGGAGAAUUAUGAUAUUAAUUUAACCAAUAAUGUCGGAUUAUCAGCAUUAUUGGCAUCUGUUGGAAGAGGACAUUUUAAAGUGGUAGAAUUCUUAUUGGAAAGAGGGGCCAAUCCAUUUUUGAGAAGAAGACAAGAUGGUUUGAAUGCCUUGGAAAUCAGUCAAAGAUCUGCUAAUUUUGAUACCAAAGAAAUUGAAUUGAUUGAAAAGUUCAUGAAGAAAAAUCCUAAUCAUUCAUUAUUAUCAAAAUCCAAUGAUAAUCUUCUCCAAGAUGAAGAGAAAGAAUCCAAGAAAGAAGAUUUCAAAAAGGAAGAACUCAAAAAGGAAGAAAAACGAAAAGAAUUGAAAAGAAAGCCAUCUUCAGAAUUGGACGAAAAGAAAUUGAAAAAAACCAAAUCAUCUGAUGAAAUGAAGUUGAAGAAGGUCAAAUCAAGAGAAGAAUCAGGUAUAAAGCCCACUACAUCAACAUUAUUCAAAAGGGAAAAAACCCCUGAUGUUGAACCUAUCAAUUUCAAAGCAACUUCUCCUUCACCUCCACCAAUAUCUCAUCUGAACAGUCAAGUCAACUUAUCCAAACAAAUUUCCAACACUUCAAAUGAUACUCCCGAACCUGAUACUAAAGAACAAGAAGAAUUAAGAGCUAAAUCCGCUAGAGAUUUGAAGAUUUAUCAAGAGAAACUCGAAGCCAAGAAGAAAGCUAAGAGAGAUAUGUUCUUGAAAUCAGAGAAGGAAAAAGAACGUAAACGUAAAGAAGAAGAAUUACAAAGAAUUGAACAAGAAAAGCAAAAGAAAGAAUUAGCCAUCAAGGAAGAAAAGAAUAAAAUCAAUAAAAUCAAGAAUGAAGUUAAAAAGAUCGAACUUGCUAAAACCAAUUUGGUCAGGAAACUCAUCAAUGAUAAUUAUCCUUUAGGACUUAAGAAAUUCAAAUUUGGAUUGAAAACUAACGCUAAAGAUAUCUUGAAAUUCACUCCUAUUUAUAAAUUAAAGAUCAAUGAUGAAAUCUAUGUAGCGGAUUUACAGAUCCUGUUAGUUACUGGAUUAACUAUCAAAGAGAUUUCAUCAAAAAUCACCGAUAACUUACCAACUACCAUAGAAGAUAAGUCAAAACUUUGGAACUUAUUUGCUCCAAUGAUUGGUACUAAUGAGACCCUUAUUUCCAAAGAUUUAUUGGACGAUGGGUAUGAAAAAUUCAAAUUCUUGGAUAUAAGAAUGGUUAAAUAUUCUCAUUUCGAAGAAUAUUUGAAUCAAACCCAUCCAAACAUUUAUGAGAUCUUGAAAGAAGAUAAUUCCUUCAUUAAUGUUGAUUUCAAGUAUUUGAAUGUUUUUGAACCUAAAAUUAAGUUUAAUGAAAUUCAAGUCAAUGAAACAAGUACUUUUACUCCACCAAGCUUACAGAAUAAACCUCAUCUUAUCAAACUAAUCAAAGAAGCUAAAACUCCGUUAUGGAAUUAG